CUACUAGUGACUAGACGCGUUCCUCUCCAUCUUUUCAUUUCACUAAGAUAUUGAAGUAGUCGACUUCGGUCUCGCGAGUCUGCCGCUGCUACAGUGGCCAACAAGAAUGUCGACUAGCUGGCGCUCGCCAUUUCCUAUCUUACCUGCACCACAUACUACGCCCGUCUCAGCCAAUCCCAAGUCACUGAGACGGCCUAUUCACAACCCGUACGAUAAAUUCACGAAACCAGAGUUUGACGAAUGGAUUAGUGGGAUUACGGGUGCUCUCCGAAGAGCACUCGGCGAGGAGACUCAAGAGGAUGCUGCCCUUCACGAACACCAGUCACAAGAUAUUGAUGCAGCUGACGAGGAAUCAUUCCAAGACCAGUCGUUCGAAGAUUCGUUUGCUGAUAUACAGAGCAGACGCGCCAAAGGAAAGGCCAAAGACCCCCGAGAGGGCCCUGGCCUUGGUGCUCAGCAAAAUCCGAUCGAAUUGCUUUCCGACUCAGAGUCCGGUUCUGAAAGUGAGGAAGAAUACGAUGAAUAUUCUGAUAGGGAAGCAGAGGGCUUUGGUGCGGAUGAAGAACGCGAGAUUUAUGACGGUCAGAACCAAGCCGGGCAUUGGACCGCAAACGACCGCCACUGCCUUGUAGACCCCCAAGUCGAGAAAGAUGAGGUAGAGGAAAUAUCUUCUAGGGAAGAUAGUCCGGUCAUCAUUGAGAUUGGCUCGGACGAGGAAGAAGAUACUCAAGCUUCUGUACACGAAGCGGGAUACAGUGGCGGGCAGUGUGCCCGGUCUCCACAAUUGCCUCCUGACCAGGAAGAAGGCGAGCUAGGUCUCAUUGGUGCCGUCUUGGAUGAAGAGAAAGGCCCACUUGAUGCAGAAGUCAAAGAUUUCCCUCUAUCUACCACGCAACGUCAGCCGUCCCUGCCUCUGGAACUUCCUGAUCCAUGGCAGGGUCCACGAACAUAUGCAGAAGACUUCUACGCUGGCGGCGAUUUUAGUGCGCAAGAUCAGCUCAACGACAUCUCCCCAUCUAGUCUUACUCCCGCGCAUGACGCACACGUUGAUACACUUUUUCCUGACAUGGUGCAGGAUGGCGAGUCUCCUUCUCGUGUGUCCAAUACAGGACCUGCUGUAGUCAAUGUGGACGUGACCGACGAUGCGCUGCCUGAUUCGAGCCCCCCUCCAUCCUCUCCUGCCGAGGUGCGCUCCAGUCGUAGUCAUGUGGAUGAUUACCAAGUCUCGAAUGUGCGAGGAACCCAUGAAGAAAACGAAGAGCCUGAAAACAUUCUUGACCAUCUAUAUCGUGACGCUGACAGCAUGUCUCAAGAUGAGCAGCAAAUGAUAUUUGCUUCGUCGUUUGAUGACUUUCAUAGCGGAUCGAUGUCUCCCCUUGUCUACUCCAAACCAACUGAACAUCUUGACUGGAAUUGGCCUCCCGCGUUUCCGCGGGGGAAGUUUGCUAGCCGCGCUGGACACCUCGAAACUUCUUCUCCAAGGGCGGGGGAUGAAGAGGCACAGGAUGAUGUCAUCGAUGUCGAUGCGGAACAUCAUGAGGAAGAAGAUGGGAGCGAAGAAGCCCCGGAAGGUCCUAUUCCACUAGGCACAAGUGAUCUUGGGUAUGAUAACGAGAUUGAUCAGGGGGGACAGGACGAACAGAGCGACGACCGGAACGGAUUAGGUGUGGAAGUUGUCCAGGAAGAUGAUAUUCAGGCCCCGGAAGCCAACCAGUUCCAGCUUUCUUUGGAAACUCCACUGAACGCCGAUGAACGUGCCGCGGUGGAGAGUUUCUUUGAUCUUCUCGGUCGCGACGCGUUACCUUCGGCAAACGUGACCGAACGAGUUGAGACUACGCUAGAUGACCUUAGCGGUAUUGUCGCUGCUGAGUUUCUUGGCGGGGAUGUGACGUUUCCGCAAGGCAUUGAGGAAGCCGGUGACAUUAUAGUGCCAACGGAAGGAUUGGAGCCUUGGGAUAGGGAACCACAGUCGCAGCACCCAGGUGCUAUAGUAGAAUUAUCCGCCUCAACCGAACCGACCCCUGCCACGGAGAUGAUCCAAAAUGUUGAGAAUGUAGCCUUGGAGAAUGCCGAACAUUUCCCCCAUCCUUCUGCUGCGCCUACCUCCCCACUCGGUGACUCUCUCGAGGACCAAAUUGACAAAUUUAACGACGAGCCCAUUUUUAUUGUUGUAGAGAUGGAAUCUAUUGCCCCCAUUUCUCGUGGGGUGAGCGAAGGGAUUGAAACAAUAUCUUUUGCUGGGGAAGUGUCUGAUCUCGAUGGGGAAUACGUAGUCGAGGAGCCUCCUACUGCAGAAGCCUCGGUGGAGCCAGAGGCUGAGGUCGCUGGCCCAGUUGACGUGCUGGUGGAGACUGUUCCUGUAACACCAAAACCUGCUUCUGCGGAACUACCAUCAUCUGACAAUCACAACGUCUCGGCCUUCCCAAUGCCCAUAUUUUGCGAUCCUUCUGUGUCAGACCCUAUCUCUUCCGGGACCAAACAUCCACAACAGACUCCUCCACGUUUAGUCAAACUCCCGGGCACCCCCCACAUCAUCAUCAGCCCGCACUCAACACCAGGCCAACCCACCCCAGUCUCAGUAUCCGUCUCUACGUCAAUGUUGCAUACCUUUUCUCGUCGGGAAUCACCAUCUGAAGGCAGCAGCGGUCCAAGUGGUCUUUUUACCCCUAGGGAGGGCGAACCGAAUAGCGUAGAUACAGGCGAUGUCUUUGGCACGCCUUCUCCCUCUCGUGCAGACCUGCCACUCCCCUCUUCUGACGAUGUUGUGGCCUCCGUUGCGAGUGCUCUAGCCGAAGAGUCGCGAGCUGUAAUUCACACAACCAUGACCGAUAUUUCUGACAACGUCGUAGUCACUGAAACAAGUCCAGCCGGAAGAUCCACUGGUAACCAAGAUGGUCAAUCUGAACUCGUGGAAGCUACGCAGCUUGGUGUAUCUCAUCCAUCAUCUGCCGAUGAUGAUGCAGAGAAUGAAACCGAUCAUCCACCGACGAAGCCUGACACUGGAUACCGCUCAGUAGCAGAAGACACCGCAGUGGCUUCGCUGGAACCUGAGGAAGUUCAGCAGGCGGUCAGAAGCUCACCGCCGACAGCAGUAGCCCCAAUGCCUCCAUCAGACGAUGAUCAUCACCCCGAAGAAGCUCUAGCAUCAGCUGAAGCUGUUCCCGCGGGCGUCCUCAGACCCGUGGACUCCCCCUUACUCAGCCCUCUGUCAGAACAAGAACCCUUGCCAUCGCUGGCAUUUGAGGGUCAGGUGCCAUCAGUCGCCGUUCGCGAACCUAGCCAAGACGAUAGCCAGGAGGACGCCGUUUCCAAAAAUGGAUUGGAACAAUUCACCAAUGUCCCGGACACACCGAACGAGUCUUCUGAUGUUCGUGAAAAGUCUGGAGAUGCUGAGGACCAAGAAUCUCAAACGAAGCCUUCGAAGCGGAAGAGAACGUCACCAGCACAAACGUCGAGUCGUCUCACUCGUUCGAUGUCAGGCAAAGUCUCAACUGGACGCAAUAAAUCUCAAGGAGAUCUCAAAGCAGAGCAGAGCGUGUCUGCUCGCAGCCGGAAGCGGAAGCUCCUCGACGUUAAACGUAGUGGUAGCGAUCGUGGAUCAGCAAGCUCUGGCGCUAGCACCACUGCCAAGAUCCUCCAGUUCACUAGCACUGAUGGGUCACGGGCCUCUUCUAUCGUGUCCUCUGCACCAAGUGAUUCCUCUUCAAUCCAACACUCCCCCAUUCCCCCGCCGCUCUUUCAUGCACAUGGUGCCAUGCAUCACCGCCAUCGACUGCCGCCUCUACCUUCUGUGCCAGUUCAGAUUCACGACGCCAAGAUGACAUCUCCGGGACCUUCCCACAACGCCGAGGGCCAAAAGGAUUUCUCUUCCAUUUCAGCUGCAACACGUACUCCCUCUUCCAACGCUCAACGUCUCGCUGCAUCCACAAGUUCACCUGUCACUCGCUCUAACUGUCGAUUCCAUAAAGUCAGUUUACCUAAAGAGGAAGGUGGGCCAAGAGUAUGCUUUGUAAUACCUGGUUGCUCUCUUGGUGACCAGGAGUUGAUGGACGAAGAGGAAAUACAGGAUCAUGGUCCCGCAACUUAUGAAGACUAUCCCCGCUUGGUGGGCAAUAUCGAGGCCUUGGACUUCAAUCCCUAUCUCAUCGGCAUCUUGCGACAACUAGUCGGAGUGGACCUGAUUCGGGAAAAUGAGGUGUUUUACCUGCUCCAACCCGGGGAGGAAGCACAAUACAAGAAGAAGGGCCGAAGAUCAACCGCAGGGUCAAAGCUUGCCAAAUCCAUGUCGCAGAGUGCUAUCAACUCGCCACAAGUUUCAGUGGCGUCGCGGCGUUCACCGUUCACGUCGAUCUCGCGGCCACCCGUUUCCACCGCAGGGUCGAUCUCGACAUCAUUUGGAUCGUCCUUGUCUGAAGCGCAGUUGUGGAAGUACACAUCUUCUUCGUUAUUCUCGGCAUCAGGCGACGAGCUGUCAGAUGAAGAAGGCAGUCCUCCCAAACUAAAACGUCGACGGAAGGAAUCUGUUUCUGAUAAAGAAACACGUGUCGACUUAGAAGGAGAUAAUGUUCCUCAAGAUCCACAAUUGAAAGGUUCGCAACUAUCGACCCUGAAACGGAGGCGGAGCAAACGACAUGGUGCAGACUCAGCUGCGUACAAGCCUCAUCCAGAAGAUGUCGAGGGCUCUGAUAGUGGAGCAGACGGAUUAGGCAAUGAUCGUCGCAAGACGAAAAAGAGCCGCAGAGUGACAAAGCGGCCUCAUGUAGCAGAUGCAGGACAAGACUCGCAAGUCAAGCGACAGAAGCAGGUCCCCACUGAAUGAAAGUAUUUCGGUAUCUUUAUGUUCAUAUUUUGUCCUUGCCACGCAUCCAUCAUCAUUUGUAUCUAUAGUACACUUCCUUGGUAUCUCCAUUCAAUCUGAUGCCCAGAGCCGUUCAAU